AUGGAUGCCGCACAAGAGGCACGACGCAAGGAGAUGCUGGACCAGAUCCUCGUCAUGGUGAUGAAGAUGGCGUCAGAUUUGGAGGCGUGCAACGCGGCCUUUCGAACCACCCCUCCAGCCUUCGUCGCCGACUCCGACAGCAGCGGGCGUGAGGUCGACAGCACCACCGGCACCGGCUACAACUCCGACGACUCCGUCCUCGCCACCCUCCACUCCCUCGCCUCUGCCUCCGCUUCCGAAUCCAAGGCCGCCGCUAGGUCUCUCGCGGACCACGACCCAUCUGCGGACCGCGCCUCCUCGUACAUCGUGGUGGCCGACCAGGACUCCGCAUCCGUCACUCCCUGCAUCGACCGCUUCGUCCUCACCACCGCGCGCAGCAUCCUCUACAGUCGGGGCUUCUUCUUCACGGUGCCCUCGCGCGCCACCUCCAACCAGGUGCUCGGCCGUCCGAUCGGCAAGCACAUCUUCGGUGACAAGCUCCCGGCCAUGGCAACGACGCGGACGUUGGAGCUGACGUUGACCUCGGCCAAGGACCUCAAGGACGUGAACCUGCUGUCCAAGAUGGAAGUCUACGCCAUGCUGUCUCUCUCGGGCGACCCCCUGUCGCGGAAGCGGGUCCAGGUCGACCGCACCGGCGACCGUAACCCGAUCUGGAACGCCACGCUCCGCAUCCCGGCGACCGGCGCCGGCUCCCUCCACGUGCUCCUCCGCGCCGAGCGCUCCCUGGGCGACAGUGACGUCAGCGAGGUCCACAUCCCAAUCACCGAGUUCCUCUCUGUGAUGCACACCAGGUGUUCGAUGCAAGGUACACUUCACCAUGAGGAGAAUACAUCUGAGUUGCUAAGGAUCUUGAUGCUAGUAGAGCAUGUGAAACUACUGUCAUUUUGUGCCCUGGGAAUGUCAAUAUUUGGAGUUUUUAAGGACUGGCAAGAGCAGCCAUGGCCACCUCCUAUGUUAGUGGAGAUUUUGGGCAGCCAGGUUGAGGAUAGUAUCAUUGAGCUACGACCAAAUCCUUGGCCAUAUUUUGAACACUCUGUUUCCUUGAUACAUAGAGUGAGUUACAUGCUCCUAUCAUGUGACACAAAUUUGCAGCAGCUUGGGAAUUUAACUGGGUUUUCAAUUAUAUGGGACGUAUCUAUUCUCAACUUGUUUGCUGAUCCAAGUAAAUGCAGAGUACAAAUAGCUGCAAUGAUUUGUGUGCGGAUUGUGUGGUGCUUCCCUAGUGAGCAUGUUAGUGUGGACUACUUACUUGCUUGCUCUGGUGCUCAGUUUGGGAUGCACUUGCUGAAUUGGUUGCCUGAGUUAUUUGUUAAUCUUGUUGCUGCCUAUAAUCAGUUUACUAUGAUGGCUCUGAAUUUGCAAAGAGAAAUCACCAUGGACUGGUCCAGUUCUGCAUGGUACCUGUCAUUGUAUUGGGAUAUUCAGAUGGAACAAAUGCAAAAUGAGGAUAUGAUACUUGCUCAUGAGAAGCAAUGGCAAAAUGAGAAGACGGUCUUAUGCUUGAAACCGUGGGCACUGUAUGGGUAUAAGCAGGUCACAGACCAGAAAGUUGAGCUCCAGCCUUGGCCGUCUUUCAGUUGCUAUCCAACUAAAGCUUGUGCUAAUGCAUUGAGUUAUAUUGAAGAACAGAAAGCUCUAUAUGUGCAGACUUGGAGGCUCAUAAAUGUACUGGACUGGUGCCAGAUUCACAGCAUCAAUCUAAAUCAGGUUUGCUUCAGUGAAAUUCAGCAACUGGUUGGCAUUCAUUGGAAGGAAAUUCGAAGUGAACUUCGCGACAAUGGGACACCACCUGUGCAACUAAAGAAGGCAUCCAGAGCCCAUGCUGGUGGUAUAAAAAUUCCAAUAGAUGCUGCAUUACAGACAGUUCUAAUUUUUGGAGCAGUUGGGUUCUUAUACCAUGGGAGGGGAAGGGAUAGCAACACGCUCCGAAUACUUGUAGCAACCGACUGCCAUCUAGGCUACAUGGAGAAAGAUGAGAUACGCAGGUUUGAUUCCUUCCAAGCAUUUGAGGAGAUUUGCGCAUUGGCGGAUCAAAACAAGGUAGAUUUUAUUCUUCUUGGCGGUGAUCUAUUCCAUGAGAACAAGCCGUCGCGCUCAACCCUGGUAAAAACGAUUGAGAUUCUACGGCGCUACUGCCUAAAUGAUCAACCAGUAAAGUUCCAGGUUGUCAGUGAUCAGACAGUCAACUUCCCAAACAGAUUUGGUAAGGUAAAUUAUGAAGACCCCAACUUCAGUGUUGGUCUGCCUGUGUUCACCAUCCAUGGAAAUCACGAUGACCCUGCUGGAGUGGGCAUAACUUCGGUUGCACUAUAUGGUCUUGGCAACAUUAGAGAUGAACGACUAAAUAGAAUGUUUCAGACGCCUCAUUCAGUACAGUGGAUGCGACCUGGAACUCAAGAUGGGGAAUCAGUGUCUGACUGGUUCAAUAUAUUGGUACUUCAUCAGAACAGGAUAAAGACAAACCCUAAAAGUGCCAUCAAUGAGCAUUUUUUACCACGUUUUCUGGAUUUUGUUGUAUGGGGCCAUGAGCAUGAAUGCCUCAUUGAUCCUCAGGAGGUCCCUGGAAUGGGUUUCCACAUCACUCAACCAGGCUCCUCAGUUGGGACGUCCCUGAUUGAUGAUGAAGCAAAACCAAAGCAUGUUCUUUUGUUAGAAAUCAAGGUUGUGUUGAAAGAUGAAGCAGAUGUUGACCCAAAUGAUCAGGCCUCUGUGCUUGAACAUUUGGAUAAAAUUUUUCAGUAA